AUGGCAAACUUUUUUAUUAUCAUUGUUUUGUGUAAGUUCUCCAGAAGCCUUAAAUUUUUUAGAUCAAACAUAAAAAUUUUCCAGCAAUUAUCUUCCUCGAACUUUCAAAUCAAUCUGAAGAUCUGAUUGGAAUCAAAGGUGGAAGUGAAGAAGAUGGAGAUUUUGUAGCAAUUGGUAUACUUGAUGCAACUAUUCCACCGCAAAUAAAAAAGCGGUCAAAUAGUGGAUAUUGUUCAGAUUAUAAACAACAAUAUGAUGUUUAUUGUAAUGGUUUUUGGACUGAUCGAUCGCCAAGACUUCAGACUGUUUUAUACACAUUUUGUCCACAUUAUGAAAAUAAAUGUGUUAGGAAUAAAUUAUAA